UUUACCUCGUUUUCUGUGCAUCAGAACCUUCCAAACUCCUUCUAACCCCCACGCCCGCAAUCCACACAAUCUCCCUCUCUCUCUCCUCCCACCAAAAACAAAAACCCCUCUUUCAUCCCAAUCAAACCCUAAUUUUUUCCGAUUCAAUAUCCUCAAAUCCCCAUAAUCUGAUCCUAUAUUUGCUUCAUUUAUCAACCACAACCCCAUAAUUCUCCAAUCUAACCCCCAAAUCUACCCAAUUUCGCGAAAAAUCGAUCAUUAAAAAAUAAAAAUUAAAAAAAUGGGGAUUUCUAGGGUUUGUGCAGAACCCGCGAACACCGCGUGUUCGUCGUGUUCUUCAGCUAUAACUUCUUCGACUGCAAAAAUGGAGACUGUAAAUGGGUCCCACGAGUUCAAGAUCACUGGGUAUUCUUUGUCGAAGGGUAUGGGAAGUGGGAAGUAUAUAGCUUCUGAUACUUUCAUGGUGGGAGGGUAUUUGUGGGCAAUUUAUUUUUAUCCGGAUGGAAAGAGCCCCGAAGAUAAUUCGACUUAUGUGUCGUUGUUUAUUGCUUUGGCGAGCGAGGGGACCGAUGUUAGGGCUUUGUUUGAAUUGAAGCUUGAAGAUCAGAGUGGGAGAGGGAGGCAUAAGGUUCAUUCCCAUUUCGGUCGGACACUCGAGAGCGGGCCAUAUACUCUUAAGUAUCGCGGUAGCAUGUGGGGUUACAAGCGCUUUUAUAAGAGGACAUCUCUAGAGCAAUCUGACUACUUAAAAGAUGAUUGCCUUUUGAUUCGUUGCAUUGUUGGAGUAGUGAAGACACACACAGAGGGUCCCAAACUUUACAGAAUACCACUGCCACCUUCUGAUAUGGGACAGCAAUUUGGGCAACUUUUAGAAACAAAAAAGGGGACUGAUGUAAAUUUUGAAGUUGAUGGCGAGGUCUUUCCUGCUCAUAAGUUGGUAUUGGCAGCACGCUCACCUGUGUUUCGGGCGCAGCUUUUUGGUCCAAUGAAGGAGAAAAGCACAGGAUGUCUAAAGGUUGAAGACAUUGAAGCUCCAGUUUUCAAGGCGUUGCUUCACUUCAUAUAUUGGGAUGACCUGCCUGAUAUGCAAGAACUUGCAGGUCUGAAUUCCAAAGGGGCUUCCACAUUAAUGGCUCAGCAUUUGUUAGCUGCGGCAGACAGAUAUGGACUUGAGCGGCUCAAAGUUCUUUGCGAGGCUACACUCUGUGAAGAUGUAGCUAUAAACAAUGUCGCAACAACGUUGGCAUUGGCCGAGCAGCAUCAUUGUUCACACUUGAAAUCUGUUUGCCUGAAGUUUGUUGCUUCACGGGAGAAUCUCAGAGCUGUUAUGCAGACCGAAGGGUUCGAGUACUUGAAGUUGAGUUGCCCAUCUGUAAUUAGUGAACUACUAGCGUUCGUUGCAAGGGUCAGCGAGCAUUCAAUAUCUGUAGUGGGCUAUGGAAAUGAUCCUAUGCUAGAUUGCGGAGACAUGAAUGGAAGACGCGUUAAGCCAAGGAUAUUCUGAUCUCAGAUUUUUAUUUUUAUAUAUUUUUUUUUCUGAUUAUUUUUUCUGGGGGGUAAAGGGUAACUGGCUGUUGUGUUGGUCUUAUUGUUUUCUGUUGUAACAAAUGCUGACUUGCUCGCUUCUCUACUAUAUUGUUCUGGUAAUUGCUGUAUUUAGUAUUAGUACCAUAAAGGGAAGAAGUUUUGGAGUGGUGAGAGAAUACUUUGCUGCAUUGUGUAACUUUCAUAAUGAAAUUUGAUGACUAGAUAUCUUCAUGCAA